UGCGUAUCAAAUCUUUCCAUACUCCACACUUUGACAAGAAAAUCGGCUAUAAAUCCUUGCUUUCUUUUUUCACUUUUUGAAUCAACCAGAAAUUCAGAGAUGAUGGCCAAGGGAACAGGGAGAAAGUGUUCUCAUUGCGGACAUAAUGGCCAUAAUUCCAGAACUUGUAGUAAUGGGAAGCGGGGUUAUGUAAAGCUUUUUGGGGUGAAUAUAGCUGCCAUGGCUCAAACUCAAGAAUGUUUGAUGCAGAGAAGUUUUAGUAUGGGAAAUCUGCCCUUCCAUGCUGAAAACCAUAACAAUGGUGGCGGUGUGGAUGAUGGGUAUUUUUCUGAAGGACACAUUCAUUCUGAGAACCACAAUGCAGCAGCCCAUGACAUCAAAAGAGCGAAGCCAUGGACGGAAGAGGAGCAUAGAAUGUUCUUGGAAGGGUUGAGAAAACUGGGGAAAGGUGAUUGGAGAGGAAUUUCAAAGAAUUAUGUAAUAAGUAGGACCCCAGUUCAAGUUGCAAGCCAUGCACAAAAGUAUUUUCUCAGGCUGCAAGAUGCAGGGAAUAAUAGGAAGAAACGCCGACCAAGCUUAUUUGACAUGUCUUUUCAAGAAUCCAAAUCAGAAUCGAAUGAAUGUCCUUGGGGUUCCCCCUCAAAAGAACCCAGUACUAGAGAUUCAUCUCAGAUUGUGAACCGACUCCCACAUCUUUGCUCCGAUGAUCGUUCACUUAUGUCGAUGAUUGCAUUGCCUAGUUCCCCAACUUAUAAUCAAACGAUUCAACACAUGGCAGAAGUAACUCCGAAUAUGAUGCAGUCUCUGCCAUUCCUGAAUGCAAAGAAUUAUACCGGAUAUUGCCAUGAUUACUUCAGUAAAGCCAUUGCAAAUGUAGAUGUCUGUGUACCGUCUGAUCACCCUUCUCCCAGGUCGGUUCAGGACAACAUGUUUACAGCAGACCCUGGUGCUUCUUCAUCAACAGAUGAUCUUUUAGAGCUCAAGGUUGCUGCCCCUCAAUCAUCAAAGAGCACAACUCUACCAUUCAUUAGAGUGAUUCGAAAUACACACAAUUUUCAUUAA